AUGAGCAUUUUAGAUGAUGGGCAACUGAUUGAGCAAGUAGAGUGCUUUUCUUUUAUAUAUAAUAAAAACGAUCCGUCUUUCAAAGACAAAAUAGCCAAGGAAAAUGCUUGGCAAACCAUAGCGGCCGUUAUGGAUGUGACUCCUCAAGAAUGUGAACAACGAUGGUCAAUACUCAGAAACCGAUUUUCAACAGAAAUACGACUAUCUAAAAACACACCUUCCGGAAGCCAGGCCACUCACCAAUGGCCAUUAUUUAAGGCAAUGGAGUUUUUAAUACCUUUUAUUACUGCCAGAAGAACUAAAGGAAAUGUGCAAAAGGUAAAAAGCAACCAAAUGCCAACAGGAGCUCACAAGAUAUGGGACACAUAUUCCCACGUUUCGGAGCCAGAGGAACAAGGGAUGCCAUUGUCUGUAGGGGACAUAGAAUUAAAUAUAGACGAUGAGUCAAUGUCUUUGUCCUCAGUGACACCUUCAGUGACUCCCACUGACUCAUUGACCCCAUCCACUUCGUCAACGCCCUCAACUAGCCGUCAAGGUGCCAAUCCCACCCGUAUGGCAGAAUUGCGCGCUGACACCCGGGCCUGCAAAAAAAGGAAGACGGAAGAUAGCGAGUUGGGGGCUGCUCUUAAGGUAGCCAUGACUGGAUUCAACAGUUACCUUGAGGAGCAAAAACAGCCUCCCUGUCCUGAACCAGAAAAUGAAGAUACCACUUUUGGAAAGUUAAAUGUACUAAAUCUUAAUAAAAGUGAUUGGAAAUGGACCCCAAACAAACUUGUUUGUUCUAAACAUUUUGAAGGUACAUUAAUCGAGAAGGGAUGUUUCAGUGUUAAAUUAGCUAAAAAUGCUGUACCAAGCUUACAUUUAGAACUGAAUUCACCCAAACAAGGAGAAAGCAAUGUAGAUAAUGAGUCCAAAAAAUCUAAAGAGAUUCCUUCAACGAGUGGAAGUGCAAAUACAUUUUCCUCUGGUUUGCCGUACAAUAAAGAUUCAAAGUCUACACUCUGUAGAAAUAAAACAUGUACAGGAAAGAGAAAUAACCCCAACAAAUGA